AUGUCGAUUGCCAACCGAGCAGAUGGACCAAAGCUUCAGCAACUUGUAUUGCAAUAUCAAUAUGUUGAAGAUUUGCAUCCACUGGUAGCAGAAUUGAGUGCGACUUACUCUGACUUCGAAGACGCGCUGAACGACACGCUUUUUCACGAGAACUUCUUGGUCACUCGGCGAUCUCAGAACCUCGCAGACCAUGAGAUUACACUUGCGCAACUGGCCUUUACCAGGCUGUACGAAAACGAGAGGACACACUCCGGGGCGCUAGCUCUGUGGAUUGAAGAGAUCCUUGGUGUAAAUAUUGUGCCAGUUGAACGGAAGCCGAUGGUGUUACGUACUGCUGUGGCCGCAAAGAAAUUCACCCUAGACCGUCUCGAUCAGCAUCAGAAGCUUCAACCAUCCGGCGGGCCUUCUGUCCAAGAUCCUCAUCUUAAGAGCACGACGAAACUAGGUGAUUCGGCAAAUAAUCAGGCUACUGCAAGCGAGUCCUCCACCUUGUGUGAUGGGUCAUCUCAGGACCAAGGUAGACACAUCGAGAUUUGGAACGCUGAGUCAAGUGGUAUUGAGCUCAAGAUGGAUCAGAAGCUUCGGCGACUCUGCGAUUUGUACAGUCAAGCACGAGCGGAGUUUGACUCAGCACCAAGAAAGAGCUUACUUCUUACUGAGAAUGCCAAAUUCCUUCGUGACACCAUUGAGAAUUGUAUGACCUACGUCAAAAGAAAGACGCUCGGUACAUCUGAUCAGAACGACCUGCAUCAGCCGGUUGAUAUGGCCGAAAUGAGAAAGGUGCUGAAAUUGGCAACAGCAAUUGCUGAAAGGGGAUGUGGGGGUAAAAAGCGACCUUUUGACGACGAGGAGGCUUACUUACCUCAAGAGCCAGCCAAGAGAGUCAAGCCGAUCGGGAGGAGGAAUUUCCAUAGUGAAUGGAAGCCUGUGGCUAUCCAUCAAAGAUCUGAAGCACCCCAAGCGGGAACAGGUGAGCCAGAGAUUGCGAGCCAAGCUGCUUUCAGGCAUCUACACCGUCCUUAUGCUAGAAGAAAUUGCGAGAACCGCGGCAAACGUUAUCCAACGAAGGACAAAAGCUCAGAAAGCCAUCAAGCAUUGCCACUAGAUCCAAUGAAUGAGCAACGAACUCAACGCAAACCGCUUACCCAAACAAAUGCAAACUUGAGGCUUCCUGCGAGCUCGCCAGCUUCAGUCACAAUGCUGCACGAGCUUCUGCUCUCGCUGUCUGGGCAUCCUUCCCCUCUACUUUCGACUCAUCCCAGCGAUAGCAACGAGGCUCUUAAAGACCUACUCUCUCCCGCCGAACAUGCGCUCCUUAGAACCCUGUCUCAAGAGUUGGGCGAAAGACACAAAAGCAUACGAGAUGCUGCAAAGGAAGUCUCGUCUUCUCAUCCUUCUGUCGUUUGCAGAGCAGUCAGCACUGCGAUAACGUCCAUCCACUUAGCCGCGUUCCAACGAAAGAUUCUUGAAGUAGAGAAGGACAUAUUGCAAGGGGAUUCGAGAUUUGUUGGGGCAUACAAUGCUGUGCCAUUGUCUGCUUUGGUCUCAGCAUUCGAUGGCUGGGGAAGAAGGCUGCAGUGGCUAGAGGAAGUGAUCCACUUCAUUCAACGACCGACUGGCCAAGCUGUCGACAGUAAAAGCUCAUUGGACUGCACAGCAGCAGAGAUCAUAAAGAGACUACGAGAUGCUACCUUGACAGGCUACCCAGACAUCGAGAGUAUGGCUCUGAGUCUGGUCAGGGUAGCCGAGAUGGCAUGGCUGAAGCAACUGUCGGCUUGGGCACUUUAUGGAAGGCAUCCCGGCUGUUCCGAUUUUCUUGUUGGAAAAAGAGCAGACGACGGCGGUACACUAUCUACUUACAAUAUAUACGUCCUCAAGAAUGAUCUAGUACCUUAUUUUGUCACACCUUCAACUGCAAAAUCAAUCCUUUUCAUCGGCAAAUCUUUGUGCCACAUAAAGGAACAGCAGCCUGCUUCAAAGUCAUCCUAUAAGACGGUGUCUCCGGAUUCACUAUUACCGAAACAUCUCGCAGAGCUAGCUGCGUUGAAAUCACCGAUCAGCGCUCCAAGUCUUUCUUCAGCCAUCGCGGCGAUUCGACUUUCUUUAUCUCAAAAUGCCUUGCAAAAGCUGCUACCCGUUGCUAAGGUCGCUGAAAUCCUACACGUUCUCAAGGACUUCUUUCUGCUGAAACGGGGCGAGUUUGCCAUUGCCCUCAUAACAGCAGCUGAUGACCGUCUUUCUUCACGACAUAGCCACGUCCCAGAGAAAAGGAAGGGGCAUUCAGGUGCUGUCAGUGACCUGGCAAGCCUGACGAUACGAGAUGGCGAGGUCCACAACGUCUUGUCCCGCACGUGGACUGCCCUCGUAUCACUGCAAUCCUUAGAUGAUGAAGAUGUCGAUGAGGAAUUGGACCGAGCUCGCGAGCUCAUCUCGUUAUCUAUCAGAAGUCUCGACUCACAGACCACUGAUGUCCUUGCCAAAGAUCGCGGUUCGACGACUGCAUCAUUCGACGAUUUGCUGCUACCUUCACCCACUUUAUUGAAUCUCAAAAUCUUAUCACCAUUAGAUCUGUUCCUUACACCUGACGAUAUCGAAGCCUAUUCUAAAGUCCACGCCUACCUGCUCGCCAUCAGACGCGCCCAUCUUCACCUUUGCAAACUUUUCCAGCUCUCCGUUCUACGAAGGCAUCCCCCGUCUCCGGCUUCUUCUCGCAAGACAAUUCUUAAUCACAGCAAAGUUGUCCAACGUAACAAAGCCGUACGCCCUUUCUGGGCCGUUGUUGGCUCCGCUAUAUUCUUCUUCGCUGAACUAGGCGAGUAUCUGCAAGGUGAAGUCGUUCAGAGCUCUUGGUCAGCCUUUGAGUCAUGGCUUUCACCCCCCUCCAGACCCUCGAGUUCAAGCCAAGCCAUGAAUAAUGCCUCACUAUUGGUCUCGCUCAAUCCAGGUCACUCAAAUCACCUUACAAACUCUCGACCUUUGUCAUCUCGCGGUAACGACGCCUUCUCUAGUAGUGACGCACCCCACGACCCAGAAACUCUCUCUCAAUGUCAUCGCACUUACCUCUCCUCACUUAAUCAUCAUCUCCUUCUUGACGAUGCAGAUUUCACUGGUCUGCUCAGGCGGCAUAUGACUGCUAUCGACCACUUAUGCGGCUUGAUGAAUCGUCUCGCGUCUUCACAGGCAAACUUAAAUACAGGCGUUGAAGAUACACAAACUCAACUCGAGACCGAAGAGCAGAAAGUCUUGGCUGAGUUGAAAAUUUUGAGAAUUAGAGUAGAAGAAGGAGGUAAAGGGCUAGUAAGGAGACUAAGGGAGAUUGAUGGUGCGAGGGCUGGUGGACGUGGUCAGGCAACAGCUCUAGGAAACGAAGCCAUAGAGGGAGGGUUUGUACCAUGGUCUACGAAUGGAUUGGAGAGGUUAUUACUGAAAUUCGAUUUUGCAGAAGGGGAGGAGCGUAUGUUGAGAUGA